AUGAAUACCAUCGAGUAUGCUGCGACGGUUGCAGACAAGAAGAGGCUUGUCGAGAUGGGUUGUGGGGAACCAGCGGCGCUUCCUGCGGACUGGAACGGGAGCCGAGUUGAGGAGAACUUCGUCAGGAAAGACUAUUUCAAGGGCCGACGGUGUGAUCCGUCUACAGGGUGUCAAGACUCCGACAGAGAGGUCGUGUCAAAUCCCAAGGAUAGAAGAGCCAGCGACGAAUUUCGUCUAAAAUAUGAAGAUGAUGACGACGAUUACAUGUACGAGUCCGAAGAAGAUAACGAACCUCUGGAAUACACCUCGGAGGUCUCCUCUCUGGAAGAGCUGGAUGCGGGAGAAGCAGACGCCUCCGCGAGUGAAUCGCCAGAACCCUUUACAACCCAGCUCAGUACCGCAUCUGAGAAGUGCGCGAAAAAGCACCAAAAGGGCGAUUCUUCUCUCACAAAUGAGAUGGAUGAUGAGUCUAAGAGUGGCACGGAGCAUCAGCAGAGCAUGCUAAAUUUUGAUGGCUCUCAUCUCCCGUCUCCGGUGGCCGAAAUCGAUAGCACUUCUGAUAGCAGUAGUUUCGAAUCAACAGAUUGGACAGAUUGGAAUGAUUGCCAGAAGCUCGAACAUCUGGCUGGACCACGCUGUAAACACUCCAGCGGCUACUGUGGCUUCAGCAUCAACGCUGAAGAGAUGCGAGGUUGUACUACGCUGCAAUGUCUUGUGGUGAAGACCCCAGAAUGGACUUCGGAGCCCGAUGAUCAGGAGUUUGAGUUGAAUGGCAAAUACUUCCUGUCAGGUCUCUGCGGCCAAAUGCCGUCUCGCGACAUUGGCGGGCCCACAAUGACACCUCCGCGUCAUGGUGCCAAAGAUCUAUACGCGGAUGUGGUGUUCUGGAAGUUAGAAUGGAACAAUGACGAGGCCGACGAGUCUGAUACAGCCAUGCCAUUCCACCCAACCUGCUUUGAAAUAUUUACACGCGUAUCCCGCACCCGCACAGCUAGCAUCGAUGUUGUCGGUCUUAUAGGUUGGCGCAAACUGGAAUCCGGAUACGAAACCAACGCCUCCUUUCCUCAUCACCAAACUGUGAAAGAAUGUGGCCAGGAAGAGUGGCAUCAUCGGCCGGGGGAUGAAUGGCUUGCUGCAAAUCCGGUCGUCGUGCCGGGGCUGGCGGGUGUAUUACGCUUAGCUGUGAAGGAAAGCAGUGCAUUUGCCACAGACCAUGCGAAAGGAAGGCCAGGCUCGGAAGAUCCAUUCUCUAGGUUCCCUCGCGAGAUCGCAGAUGCCAUACUAGAGCUGUUGAGUCCUGUAGAAGUCGCUGCAUUGCGCCUUGCAGGUUGCGCAAGGUUCCUAUCUAUUGAGAGUUGGUAUCCGCUGUUGAAAGAGCACAUGCCUUGGCUGUGGGAAGUCUGGGACACCACUUUGCCGUCCUUCUGGGCAACAUCUACUGUUUCAGCGCUCUCUGCUGAGACAAAGAGAAAAGAAGAAUUGGAGAGGCAGUGGCUUGCCGCUCGUAGUGUCAUUCAACAGGAGAUGCCUGAACUCGUGGAGACUUGGGCAAUUGAGAACCCGAGAGAAACAGGUAUGUCAUAUGCGGUGUGUGGGAAUGAGGGAUUGAAGGAGGCGAUGGUAUUGCCGAAAGAUGGGACGAAUUGGUGCCGGGUAUUCUAUGAGGUCAAGGUGAACUGGGAAGCUCUGAAAGGAUUACAGAAUCGAGAGAGGAUCUGGGAAGAUAUUGAGGAGAUUUUUAGAAGAAUCGAUGAUUAUCGUGAUGAAGGCAGGAUUGCUUGA